CUUGGCCACGGAGAGAGCCCAGCAUAGCGAGGGACCCAAACUGGCAAACUGGCAACAUUCGGGCGUUUCUCUGUAAUGGUGGUGAUCAUUCUCAGCGUUUUGCGAACCUGUCAUGUCGAGCCUGGCGCCGAGCCCUGAACCAAGCCUGAACAACACCAAGGCGGCCUCGAUGAUGCCCACGCGACUCGACGCCCUCACCAUUGCGGGCCUGACAGGAACACCUCACGGUGGUGGUGGCGGCGGAUUUGCCGGGCGCGAGAUGGCUACCCCCGGCUCGCCCGCUGCCAGCUCCGACGCCACGCUGAGCUCCAUCCAAGACUCGUCCUGUGGCGGCGGCGGCGAUGUCGGCAAUGGCGACGGCAGUGCCUCGGUGCUUUCGGAUGAUCUCGGGUCCGUCACGUUUACCGACGACAGCGGUACUGCUGCUGAGAGGGAGAGAGAGGACAGCGAUAGUAGUGGUUGUGACGGUAGUGAUGGUGUUGAUGGAGUUGCGAAGACUGGCCCGCUUUGGGAUGGUGAGGUGAAGGUGGAAUCUACGGCAGGAGGAGGAGGAGGAGGAGGGGGAGCGAUCGCAGCAGAAGAGAGGGGGCAGCAGGAUAGAGGAGGGCGUGGGCCAGCGACAGCAGAAGCAGCUGCAGGAGGAGACAGCACUGGACCGGCGAGAGCAGCACGAGACUACCCUACAGCAGUCGCUGGGGCAAGUGAAAACAGCGGCGGUACCUUGUUGUCGCCGGCUUCCCAUCGUGCCUCACCAAGCCCCGACUCGUCCCUGGUUCCUCCUUCGCCUAGAAAGGGUGGACAGCAACAACAACGACGACGAUCACAUCAACAGCAUCCCGACAACAGCCGAGCCGAGGGCAUCCUCGGCGACUCCGGCAUCAACAAAAGCAGCAACAGCAGCAACAACGACAACCAGCGUAGAUUAUUGCGCGGCGGCGCGGGCACUGCUACUGCCGUCGCCACCGCCGUGAGCGGCGCUGACAGCGGGGGCGGAGGCAUUUGUCCUGCCCCGCCGGCGGCGGCGGCAGAACCGCCCAGCGGCGGCGCAGUGCCGACGGUGACCUGCAAGGUUCUCGUGGUCGGGAACGCCAAGUGCGGCAAGUCGUCCAUCAUCAGCCGGUUCGUGAGCAACCGUUUCAGCUCGGACUACAACUCCACCGUGGGGGCGGACUACGCCAUGAAGGACGUUUCCCUCGAGAACGGACGACAGGUGCGACUGCAGCUGUGGGAUAUCGCAGGUCAGGACCGGUUCGCCAAGCUGACGCGCGCCUACUUCCGACGAGCGAAAGGCGCGGUCGUGGUCUGCGAUGUUACCCGCGAGGGGACCUUCGAUGCGAUCGUCAGGUGGAAGGAAGAGAUCGACCUAUGGUGCCAGAACGAGGGCUGCGACCUCCCGGUUUACCUCUUCGCGAACAAGUGCGACCUGCUGAAGGAGGUUCAGGACAGCUUUCUCGCGGGGGCGAGGAUGGAGAAGACUUGCCGAGACGCGGGGUUCGCUGGAUGGCACAUCACCUCGGCGAAGCGGGGGGACAACAUCGACACGGCAAUGACGAGCCUCGUCAAGCACGCGCUUGAGGCCGAGGACCGAAGAAAUCGUGGGCCGGAGGUGGCAAGUCCUUCGAGAGACGGUCGCGGAGUCGUUGGUGCAAAGAGGGGGGCGUUUCGACUGUCGUGCGAGGGACGACGGGAGGGGGUGCAACAGGCGGGACCGUGCUGCGCAUGACACCAACAAACCCGCCCGUACUGUAUUGGAAAGGGGCGACGCAUGGCUGUGUGUGCCCCCCCCACCCCGGCGCCUCGCUGAUGGCUUUCGUGGGAGGGGAAGGAGGGAGCGGGAUCGCUUUGAUACAAUGCUAUUAAAUAGCUCGAAUGGUCACGGCGUCCCUCUCGUCGUUGGUACGAGGUAAUUAAGUUAUCACGUGUUACAACUGGGGCAGGGUUUUACUUCGUGAGCAGGACCGAAAACUACGAUUCGGUGACGACGACCUUUUCUUCAAGAAAUGGUAAAGCAGCACGCAUACGGUCGAGACGUCUGCUCCGAUCGGCUAUUCGGCCGUGUCCCGCUGAGGAAGUCUUGUCUAUUUUUAGUUUUAAGCCGGUGGUGUGUAAGACGAAAGAGGCUUGUUGUUUGUUCCCACACUCGGUAUUUGCGUACGUAUUUAGUCGAAGCCCAGUCUUCCAGGUGUUUUAUACUUGACAUCUUUAGCGAGAGGUGCAUGUGUUGGCGGGAAACAAGGGGUUUGAAAACGAGAGAGACGCAGACGCCUCCUCGAUGAUCAUACAUGUAUCCCUUUGCGGUUCGAGAUUCCAACGCUGCCUCGAACCGCGAAGGGAUAUCGAUCAAACAUCGACGAGGCGUUGGCGCGUAUCUCUCUAUCUCUCUGUUUGCACCUCCUUGUAUCCCGCCAACGCGUCAACUCUCGCAUAGAUGACUAGAUUUCCUUGAGUUUCAACGGUAACCAACCGUGACGUCACCAACACAACACGGUUGUACUGCUGUUGUGUUUUCCCGGUGCUGUGUGAGGAUGGCUGCGAGGUAUUUUUCGGGCACCGUGUGUUCUCGUCGGUUUGCCUAGCGUUUAGAGUCUACUGCCGAUAGGUUGUUGUCCUCCGAGCUGUGGCGUGUUUCUUCGUGUCGCUGGUCUGUGGCGUGUUACAACAUUAGAUGUUCGAUGACCAGCAGCCUAGCUGUGCAUAGGUGCUGUCUGAAAGAGCGGCGGCGUUUGCAAUCCUCCGCCUUGAGAAGGCAUUGUUAGAGAUACUUCAUGGUUUGUUGGUCUUGGCGGUAACCUCGGUGGACUUGUUCACCUCUCAGUAAUAUCAUACCAGACGAAAGUCGACCAAAUAUUCCUGAGUGAAAGCAUGCUGUCACAAUGCCUGGAUCAAUCCCGAAGGGAGUGGGUGUAUCUAUCCCAACGGAGUCG